AUGCAUCUUAUUCUCACAGGGGCAACCGGCCUAGUCGGGUCUUCAGUGCUCGACGCCAUGCUCAGAAACACAGCAGUGUCCAAGAUCUCGAUCCUUAGCCGGAGCCCCGUGCGAAUGGCAGAAGACGCAAAAGAUUCACGUGUGCGAGUCAUCACUCAUACAGACUUUGAAUCAUUCAAGCCAGAGCUGCUCGAUCAAUUGAAAGAUGCGGAUGGAUGUGUUUGGGCCUUAGGGACAAGCCAGACCAACGUCACCGAAGAACAAUACGUUAAGAUAACGAAGGAUUACGCCCUGGCAGCUGCCAAUGCGUUCUCCACAAUUAAGCCAUCAAACCAUCCCUUCCGAUUCAUCUAUGUAUCUGGUGAAGGAGCCACUCAGACCCCUGGACGAUUCUCACCAAUAUUUGCGAGGGUAAAGGGCAAGACUGAAAACCUUCUCGGGACGUUAUCAGAGUUAAAGCCGAGCUUUCGAGUCGAUAGCGUGAGACCUGCAUUCGUUGAUCCGGUGACGCACGAUGCCAUCAAACCAUAUAUUCCGUCUAGUGGAGUGACUGGAAUUGUCUCAAACCUUGGAUUGGCUUUGCUUGCCCCGGGUAUACGGUGCUUCAUGAAGUCAAUGCAUUCUCCAACGGAGCACCUUGGGUCAUUCUUGACGGAAAUGGCGAUGGGGCGCUAUGAAGCAAAAUUGGAGGGCCCGGGGGUAUUCAAAUUAGGAGGAAGUUAUGUCGUUGGGAAUACUGGUAUGCGGAGAAUUUUGGAGCUGUGA